AUGACGGCGGUGGAGAAGCUGUUGGUCCAGAUCUUCGAGAGGAAGAAAUCGAUAAUCGAGCAGGUGAAGCAACAGACGGAUUUGUACAGCCAGCAUCUCGCUUCCAAGCUCAUCAUUGAUGGAAUUAGACCUCCCUCUUGGCUUUGGAGCCCCAGCGCCUCCCCGGAUUCAACUGAGCUAAACAAAGAAGAGUUAAUCUCUAAACUUCUACGGCCAUAUCCACGACCUCCAGCCAAGUGCUCCGUUCCACACCAUCCUUUGUAUGAGACCCUAGUUGUCACAGGAGAUCAUGAAGAUAUUUCUACAGGAGUUUUCAUGGAAAAUCUAGAUUGCGGUAAAGGUUUCAAUAAGCCAGACCAUUCAACAACACCUCCAAUGAGUAGUGAGGAACAAGCUGGAUGUGCCCUUGAUGGUGUUCCUGAACUAGACGUUAGCUUUACCUCACCAAUGGAUCAGAUAGCUGAGAGGAUUGUAAAUAUCUAUAAUGCGCCAGAUCAUUCACUAGCUGGAAUCCAAAGAUCUAAGUCGAGACAAAAAGCUCUUGAGCUUCGAAAUAGUGCAAAGGCCUUCGAUAAAAGUGGCAAAAGCAAUGAGAAUAUCAGGAAUGCUCUUUCUGGGAAGAGUAAGUUUUCUCUUCCUUCAAAGAAUAAGGCGUUCCAAAAUGAUGCAACUUCCAAUUUUUCCGAACACUGGGUCACAGGUAAUCAGAAUCGUGCUGACUUAUAUUUGGAUAAUGCUGAUGUCCGAAGCAAAGUACAGGAAAAGAAUGAGUAUUCUGGUAGAAUUACCAGGUCAAGAAGCAACCCAAAAGUUCCAGAUUUUGUUCAAAGUUCUCUAGGCUGCUCAUCUGAGAUUUCCAAAAACGACACUUUCCGUCAUAUUUCUAUAGUAAGGAGAACACAGUCUAUGCACAUUUCUGAUUCUGGGAAGGUGGCUGAUCAGGUUUAUAAGGUGGCAAAUUCAGCUGGUCCAUCUUUUGUCUAUUAUCAAAGCUGUGAAGACAAGAAAGUGGACGGUGUAGGUUGUAUAAACAAUGACAAGAUCGCCAAUGCUUCUGCUGGUAGCACUUCUAGAUCUAGUAUUUCUCACAAAUGUCAAAGCCAUGGCCGCGAAUCUUCAAAAGUUGAUAUACCUUCUGAUAAUUAUCAUAGAAUAGCAAUUGUAAGGAUGGAUUCCGGAAAUGUUUCACCCCCACAAGCUGUGUAUGGAUCACCGUUUACUCCUUCUAAUGUUCUUAAUGAAGGCUGCUCGUCUGAAAUUUUCAAAGACGAUGCCCCUCUUAUUUCUAGAUCAAGGAAAAUGCAGUCUAUGCAUCUUUCUGAUUCUGGCGAGGCUCAUGAUUGUGUUAAUAAGGACCCAAAGUCAGCUGGGCUAUCUACUGUCUACCGUCAAAGCUGUGGAGACAAGAAAGUUGAUGGUGCAGAUUGUCCCACCAAUGGUGAAGGCACCAAUAUAUAUACUGCCAGACUUUCUAGGUCUUCCGUUUCUAGAAAAUGUCACAGUUGUUCUGAUUCUUCAGAAGCGGAAAUUUCUUCUGAUGAUUUUCAAGGAAUAGACUCUGUAAUGAUGGUUUCUGGGGAUAAUUCACCCCCACAGUCUGUUAAUGGUUUAUUCUUUAACCCUUCUAAAGUUCUUAAUGAAGGCUGCUCAUCUGAGAAUUUAGAAGAUGGCCUCCGUCUUAUUUCUGAAGUAAGAAAAACGAAGUCCAUGCAUCUUUCUGAUUCUGGGGACGCUCAUGAUUAUGUUGAUGAGGAGCCAAAGUCUGCUCGUCCAUUUACUGUCUGUCAUCAAAGCUGUGGAGACAAGAAAGUGGAGGGUGCAGAUUGUCUCAUUAAUGAUGAAGGCCCAAAUAUUUCUACUGCUAGACUUUCUAGGUCUUGUGUUUCUAGCAAAUGUCAGAGUCAUGGUACUGAUUUUUCGAAAGCUGAUACUUCUUCUGACGAUUAUCACAUAAUAGACAUGGUAAUGAUGGAUUCUGGGGAUAAUUCACCUUCACGGGCUGUUAAUGGAUCACUGCGUAAUCAUUCUAAUGCCCUUGCUAAAGGCUGUGACACCCGAGAAUCAAUUGCAGGAGAUUCCCAGAGUCACGGAGCAAGAGGUGCUGUUCCAUCUUAUAGUUCUGACCAACAAAAUGCCUUUGAUAUUGAGGCUUCUGAUCCAGCAAUCCGUUCUCAAUCUGCCAAGGCUGGUGGUGGCAUUCUUGUUCCAUUAAGUGAUAAAUCAGCACAAGGAGUUAUUGAUGCAAAGGAGGAGGAUUGGACCGGUCAGAGAAAGGCCAAGAGUCAACUGGUUUCGAGUGUUAUAGGAAAGGAAGAUUUGAAGGUUUCAGACAAUAAGAAUCAAUUGGUAAGUGCUCCAGGAAAUGGAAAUCUCAGGCCAUCGAGGGAUAAGAAAAGUCAAUUGGUGUCAAGUACUCCAGAAGGUCAAAAUAUUAGGGUUUCCCAUGCUUAUAUCUCAGCUGAAGAGCCAAGGGCAGAGUCCUGUGAUUUCAUGAUUGAUAAUGCAGUCACCCUAAAUCAAAUUUGUAGUGUUCUUGAAACAACAAAACAAUUUCCUGCACAGAAAUCCAAAAUUUCAUCAUGCCUUGAAGGUGGACUUUGUGGCCGAGAUAGAGAUUCACCUUUAAGAAAUAACGUCUUUGUAACAUAUGGAACAUUCUCACCUUGUGGUGAAAAUUCGUCGCCUGAGAGAAGAUUUAGACAUGUCAGCGUGGAAACAUGGCCACAACUAAAGAGGAGAAAGCUUGAACAUAAAGAAACUCAUAAUUUAACCACUUCCACAUUUAAGUUGAGAAAGCCCCAAUGCACUCAAAGUGGCAGCACAUAUUUCCUGAACAUUGAUACGUACCUAGACACUGGCACGGACACUUUUCAUGCAGAUAGACAUACCGACACUGAAAUCCCACCUGAGAUGGUUUCUAAUUUGGCGGAAGGAAUUGAAUCUGCAUUUUCAUCUCACAAUGGAGAGGCUGGAUUAUGUGACAAGGAGGAGAGGGAACAGAAUAAUUCAUCUUCCCUUAUCAAUAACGAGCUGUUAGGGGCACCCCUUGUCUCAAGUGUGAGGAAGGAAUCUAUAAAUUCUCAAGGAUGUUUUCCAGAGGAUACAAGUCAUAUAAAUUCAAGCAAUAACCAUCUUGAUGCAACAGAGAUCAGAGAAGAACAACUUAGCCAGCAUUUUUGUAAUCUAGAGAAGAAUAGUGAUGAUUUAGGUUUGGGGAACCCAAGUCUCACCGAUACAAUGCUUGAAGAUAUAGAAUCUCUUAAGGGGGGAAGUAGUGAACAGGCACAAGCUUCUGUUCUCUCUCCAAGAACUGUAGAUCUGGAGCUCAUUGAUGUCGAUCAAUCUAUGCCUGUACUCGAAGGGUUUAUCGUAGAUGAACAAGCAGAUAGUGGUGGACUGGAUCUUGUACCGGACAGGAUUGACUUUGACACGCUGAAGCUUCCAAGUAAUACUAUAGAACGAGCUAGCAUUCUAGCUGACAUUUGUAGAUCUUCAAGCUUGGAUAAACCCUCGUCCCAUCUCUCGUUUGCUCUUGAAUUUCAGGGAAACCAAAAUUUAUAUCAGCCCGAACGUCAUGAGAACUUAGAUCUUGCUAGUAGUUUGUCUUCUGAUGCUCGCGAAAAGCGUCAGUCAAGGAAGCAUUGCAUAAGUGAUUGGAUGGAAGCCCUUGAAGUGAUGCCAUAUUCUGAUUGUGUACCUUACUGUGACACACGUUAUGGUCGGAGUUUACGAGGCCAACAGGCAUCUCCAGUUGGUAAACUCUGGGAACGACUUUCAUCACAUACCGGGAGUUCAGAGAAGCGUUCAAGUCCAAAUCCAGAACUAACAUGCUUCCCGAUUGAGGAAGACUUCAGUAUUAGCGAAGAGAAUAAGACUAUGGAUGAGACUGCAUUUGGUGUUCAAGAAGUUGAUUCAUCAUUGGACGAGUUCCGAGAUUAUAGACAACCACUUAAAGACCUUACCAAUCUUGGUUUGAAUCCUCCAAUGUCAGUUUCUGCACACGAGAAAGCUCUGGUGGCAGAUAGAAUGGAUUCUCUGGGAACUAAGUUGUGGGUCACUGGGACACAAGACAAGGCUCAGUCUGGUCGAAAAAAUCAACAACUAAACAGGAGUGAUACCAGUGAAAAACGGACUUCAUCUAUUGGUGCCAAUGAUGAUAUGAAAAAACAGCCUUCACUACAGUGUACUGAAAAAAUAAAGAAGUCCAAAGGACCAUUUAGUGACAGUAUCAGAAAAUCAUUGGUGUCAACUAAAUCCAAUUUGAAAAGACAAAACGAAAAGCUUUCAUUGAGAGAACCCAAGAGAAAUAAUAUUAUUUCAAAUGUUAGUUCCUUUAUCCCACUGGUCCAACAAAAACAAGCAGCGAAAGAAUGUGAUGUAGGAGAAAAAGAUGUCAAGGUGAAGGCCCUGGAGGCUGCAAAGGCGGCUAAACGUUUAGAAGAGAGGAAGGAAAAAGAACGCAAGAGGAGGAAGGAGGCUUUGAAACUUAAACGAGCAAUGCUGGAGGAAAAGAAUAUUAGACAUUUGGAACUGGAGAAAAAAAAGAAAGAGGAGGGACGCAAGAAAAAAGAUGCUGUUAUAAUUGCAAAGAAAAGGCAGAGAGAGGAAGAAGAGAAAAAGGAGAAGGAGAAGAAAAGAAUGCGACAUGAAGCUAGAUAUCAGCAAAGGGGACAAGAAAAGAUGACCGCAGGCAAAGCUGAAAAGGACAAUCGGUCGUCCAAGGAUGAGAAAAUGAAUGGCAAGAAGGAAUCUCUUCAUGAAUCCAAGAAGCAACAGAAUAGAGAAAUUGCUAGAGGAGAUGACGUAGCUUUGAGAAAGGCAGACGCUAAAUCAACUACCUCCGAAGUCGUGACAACUUACGACGAAUGUGGAGUUGGAAAUGUUAUGCAUGCAGUGGAUAAAUCACCCAAAAAUGCGGUAUUUAUCCUUCAUAAUGGUGAAGGAAAAUCAUAUGAUAUCUCUCCAUAUCAGUGCUCUGAUGAUGAAGAUGAAGAAUAUGAUGAGUUACCCACCAAGAAAUCUAUUCCAUCAUGGGCCAGUAAAAGCGCUGUUGCUCUGCUUUUACCCUUGCAGCAACAGAAGGAUCCCGACACUAUCUUUCCCGCUGAAAGCUUUUGCGCUAUGGACGAAGUUCUGCUUCCUCGCAAGCUUCAGCAGAAACAGGUUGGUGCAUGA